CACAUGGCGAACUGAGUUCUUGCUUGUCGCUAGUUCCGCAGUUCCGUAACUAACCAAUAAAUUCCUAGGCGUUUGUCCAUCAAAUCAUGGGCGUUUCGCUGAAAUUGUUUGUCUUGCUAGUGUCUUUGACACUUGCGCUUUAUCCUAGUGAUGUGUGGGGACGAGGUAAAGUGAUAAACCUGCACGAAGACAACUGGGAACAAAUGCUCACGGAUGAAUGGAUGGUUGAGUUUUACGCACCAUGGUGUCCAGCAUGUAGAGCUCUUGAGUCAGUUUGGACAGAAUUCUCUAGCUGGAGUGAUGAUCUUGGUAUUAAAGUUGCCAAAGUUGAUGUGACGACAUCUCCUGGAUUGAGCGGUCGAUUUAUAGUAACCGCAUUGCCAACCAUUUACCAUGUUCUCAAUGGUGAGUUCCGUCAAUACCAUGGCACUCGAGACAAAGAUUCAUUCAUGACUUUCAUUGAACAAAAGAAAUGGGAAACCUUGGAGCCUAUCCCAUCAUGGAAAUCACCUGCAUCCUUCCACAUGGGGGCUACUGCCUAUUUCUUUAAAUUAUCUCAACUGCUUCGUGCUGUUCACAACCGCUUGAUGGAAGAUUAUGGAUUGCCCACUUGGGGUUCUUACUUGAUAUUUGCUGUAGCUACCAUUGUGCUUGGAGCACUUCUUGGCUUGAUAAUGGUGUGCGUUAUUGAUUACCUAUAUCCGUGUAAACCCUCUGGUCAUCACACUAGAACAGUUAGUGAUGUCAAUAAAGAAGCGGAUUUACUAGAUCGUGGCGAUGUUGAUGACUUGGUUGAUGAAGAAUGCUCUCAGAGCUCUCAAGAUGAGCGUUACAGUAGGAGCCAGAGCAGUUCAGGAGCUGAGGAGGAGGAGGAGGAGGAUGAAGAGGAAGAAAAGGAGGCUGGCAGUGCACCAUCUUCCCCAGGGAAUGCAGGCAAAGCAAGGCAGCGUCGUGCCAGGAAGGCAGACUAAAAGAUACUGAUGAUGAAACUUUACCCAUCCUUUUGUUUGUUGGUGUGAAUGAGUUAUCUAUUUUGCUUGGUAGCUCGCUUUCCAUUAGGAAAGUAAUGACAAAAGAUUGAUCUUAAUUCAUGACAAGUGGCUUUUACUAAUCUAAAAUAUUUGAAAUUUAUAGGUAUUAUUUUAAGUCCAUACUAGCUAUGAAUUGUUUAUAGGGCACUGAUACAUGCUCUUAUUUACUUUCAAAUAUCUUUUCAACCAAUUUUAUUUUUGUUUGUCAUUUUUGAAUCUAGACAUGAAGGUGCUAUUUUUGCACUUAAUGCCUUCAAGAGAACCAAGGCAAUCUUUGUGUUUUAACAUUUGUGAUUUAUUUUUCACCCAUUCCAAUGAAUCUUAUUUCUUAAAAUAAUUCACCAGUCAUGUGUGUUGUAGUAUCUAGUUUUAACAAAAAUUUGCAUCGAGUCUUAAGUCUGUCUUAUACACAAAAUAUCAGUGUUUAACAGACCUGGCACAGACUUUCUGCAUUUAAUAUUUUCUUCAAGUGCUCAGGUGUAGAAAUUUAGAAGUAUUUCUGGUUUAUAUUUUGCACUGAUGUUUUAUGUUGAACAGAGGUUUUGUUGACUGUUAAAGUAUAAGUUGUAUAUUACUUGGUUCAUAGCAGACAAUGAAACCAACCACUUUGAAUUUACCAAUGGACCCAAAACUAAAGUACUUUCAAAAAACUGAUUUCUGACUUGAUUGAGAUUUUAUUCAAUCUCUGAACUGUAAUGACAUUCUAAAUUGCUCAUUUCUGUCUGAAAAAUUAUCCCAGAUUCAAAUCCUUUUUGGUGUUUAAAUCUACCGUAUUAUUUACACACAAUCUCUGCCAUUUGAAAUAGUAAUUUUCAAGGCUCUUGUACAGAGAGCAGUGCCUUUCAUUAUUACUGUGAUACUCUGUACUUCCUCUGUACUUCAUUAGGUUAUUCAAUUCUGGAACAGUUGUGUUGCAGAUGAUGCUCUAAGUUGGAAUCUUAAUGGAAAUAUUCUUCCUUUUCCUGACCUUUCCAUGAGUUUCUGUGUUAAAUGUUUUAUAUGGUUAUGACUGAUAAAUUCUGUUUUAUCUUAGUUCUUUGCUCAUGUUCAAAUAUGAGUGCAAGAUCCAUGCUCAAUGUACUUUUCUGAUGUGAGAAAUUUUAUCUAGACUUCUAUGCUUAUGUUUGGAAUUUUCUGUCUGGCUGAUUUUACAUUUUUACAUUUUUCUUGGUUUCUUAAAAGAAAUUGAGGUCUGAUGUAGUGGAACUCUCGAUAGGUAAUAAAUAUAUUUUAUUAUGAUAUAGCUGUAAUAUUUCAUCAGUAAUUCCUAGUUGCUGAUAAAACUUAAUUUAUUACACCCUUAACCAUUAUGAGAUACUUGUUCUGUCUUAAAAGAAGUAGCAUAACUAAAUGUUAAUCAUAUAUUGCUGUUGCAUAUUUAAACAAAGUUGACCAUGUCAAAUAUUUUAAUGUUACCCCAUUGUCUAUUGUUGUGUAGGCCUGUCGAAAAAGGGCAGAGGAGAGAAUGAUUAAGGGCGUAUAUUUCUUUUUAUACUGACGAGAUUCGCUGUGAAAUAAAACUCAAUAUCGUGCA